AUGAGCUCCUUUGGUGCCAAAAGGAAACCGCGAGCUAUCCAUACUCUCGACGACGACGAUGACUUGCUAAAUCCGUCGCCAGCUGGCGGCGACGAGCCAGACAACCGUAAGUCGCAACCGGUACUCCAGCAUCCCAUCUAUAGCUCCUUCUUGCUGAUUAUCGACCUCCCAAAGAGCAACCAAGCUGAUGCGCUGCCGGCAGAAUCAGCGUCCCACGGGCGCAUCAAAUUUGGCCGUAACAAACCCGCCAAGUCCUCCGCCCUCCGCAGGAGCAUCAACAUCAACCAAGACGACGCCGGCGCAGUGCUGGGCGGAGCCCCGACUGCCGCAUCCCGCGAUGACCAAGACGAAGAGUCCUCCGAGCCUGUGGUGAUUCGCCCUGCGCUAAGCCGGUCCGGCUCUACCAAGCAAAAGAACCGCCCAGCCUCGUCCAGACUAUCGUUCGGGCCCACGGACAGCGGGGAAGCAGCGAGCGAAACCGAUGCCGCCGCAGGAGCAGGCGCCAAGCAGCUCACUCCGAAGAGGACGCUCGGUCAGCGCGCGCUGGAAAACAAUGCGUUGCGUAGGUCUGCGUCACUCAAAAACCUCACCGGCAGCCUCCCAUUGCGAUUCGGCGGCGACGAGGACCGGCCGCGGUACAGCAAGGAGUAUCUCGAGGAGCUACAGAGCUCAACACCCAACACGCCCCAGAAUCUGUCUUCCCUCCAGGUACCCGACGAUGAAGACGCAAUGGAACUCGAUCAGUCCGAGCUGGAGGGCGCCUUAGUAGUUCAGCCAACAGAUCUUGCACCAAUUAGCGCAAAACCCUCCACGAUACCACAGAUCCUAACCGAAGCGCAAAUCCGCGAGCGGAAAGAAAGACGGGCCCGCUUAGCCAAGGAAGCAGAGUACAUCCCACUAGAAGGCGGAUCCGACGACGAAGAAGAAGUCUCAGGACAAGGCGGCGCUCGCGUGACGGUACAUUUCCCGUCCAAAAAGAAAAAAGAAUCACGCUUAAUCGCCGAAGACGAGGACCUUGGCGAAGGGUACGACGAGUUUGUCUCAGACGGCGGGCUGGCGCUAGGCAAGAAAGCCGAGCGGGAGGCGGCGCGGCGGCAUCGGCAGGAGAUGGCGGAGCUGAUCCAGGCCGCCGAGGGCGAGGACGGGUCCGAUGCCGAGGGCAGCGACGACAGCAGCGAGGCGGAGCGGCGCGCCGCGUACGAGGCUGCGCAGCGCCGCGCGGGCAUGGACGGGUUGCACCGCCGUGAGCUUGACCAGGACGUCAUGGACUUGGAUGGAGGUGGUGCCGGUCUUGGUCCUGAUGCCAUACCCCGCAUGAAGCCGCUGCCUAAGCUGAAUGAGGUGCUACAGCGAAUGCGCGAGAUUGUGCAGGGGUUGGAGGAUGAGGUUACCAGGAAACGCGCCACGAUAGCAGGGCUUGAGAAGGAGAAGGAGGAGAUUUUGGCGAGGGAGAAGGAGGUGCAGGGUAUCCUGGAUCAGGCUGGCACAAAGUACCAGGCUGCAUUGGAGAGUCUGGGGGGUUCUGCUUCUAAGCUGGUGGGCCAGUCACCCCUGAGGCCGCUCCCUCCAGGGCUCGCGGGUGACUUCCCGGGGGAACGAGGCCUCGAGAGCUUUGGCGCAACACCUACCAAAGCCGAUGAUGGCGAGGAUAUGGUUUGA